GCCCAACUCCAGCAGUACCUUACUAUAGAAGAAGAGAAAGCACUUGUUGCAAUCCUGUUGCUAAUGUCUAGUCUUGGACAGCCUGUCCGCAUCAAGUAUAUACCUACCUUGGCCUUCAGCAUCGCCCGUCGUCGAUCCUCCACGAACAGACCGAACAAGCCUCCUGGUAAGAACUGGGCUCAGGCUUUUGGGAAACGCCAUCCCGAGCUCAAAGCGAGACGGAUCAAAUCUAUAGAUUGGCAGCGUCACGAAACGCACAUACACGACAAGGUU